AUGUCCGACACGACAGGGCCAGCGUCCGACACAGCUCUCCUGGGAACGCUCCUCGACGGCAACCAGAAGACAACCAAAUCCCUCUACAUCGACUCGCCUGCUAUAUUCACGAAGAAACGGCAACGGAUUGAACUCGGCAAUCUCGCCGUUGAGGACCCUAUCGACAGGGCGACCGCCGAACGCCGCUUCAGACUUGAGUAUGUCGAUGUCCAGGAGCUCCCGUCAGCCCUCGCUGCGAAACAACCGGCACCUCCCAAAUCCCGGAGAAGCAAGGCGCAUCCCAAUGCAGAAAAGGCACUUGUUCGGAAGCCUGCCGCCCAGAAGCUACUCGAGAGUAGCAGCGGCGAAGUCGCUGUUGCCAACAAUCGACAGGUGGCCACGACUGAAAACGGUUCCCAGCGCCCGUCUUCCGACUCAUCAAGCCUGACUCGGCCAGAUGCUUCAACACCACACGGCAACGGGCCCGAGUGGCAUCCUCCAUGGAAGCUGAUGAGAGUCAUCUCGGGUCACUUGGGCUGGGUACGAAGCUUGGCCGUCGAGCCUGGAAACAAGUGGUUCGCUAGCGGUGCUGGAGAUAGGACCAUCAAGAUUUGGGAUCUCGCCACGGGCUCUUUACGCCUUACUCUUACUGGGCACAUCUCGACAGUACGUGGUCUCGCCGUCAGCCCGCGCCACCCCUAUCUGUUCUCCUGCGGCGAAGACAAGAUGGUUAAGUGCUGGGAUCUUGAAACGAACAAGGUUAUCCGCCAUUAUCACGGGCAUCUCAGUGGCGUUUACACUCUUGCCCUCCAUCCGACUCUUGACGUACUGGUUACUGGAGGUCGAGACGGUGUUGCCAGAGUUUGGGACAUGCGAACAAGAAGCAACAUCCAUGUUUUGUCCGGUCACACAGGAACCGUGUCAGACGUCAAGUGCCAGGAGGCUGAUCCUCAGGUCAUCACCGGCUCGUUGGAUGCAACAGUAAGGCUCUGGGACCUAGCUGCCGGAAAGACGAUGGGUGUCUUGACGCACCACAAGAAAGGCGUCAGGGCGCUGGCGACGCAUCCUCAAGAGUUCACGUUCGCUUCCGGGAGCACAGGCAGCAUCAAGCAGUGGAAAUGUCCCGAAGGAGCAUUCAUGCAAAAUUUUGAUGGGCAUAACGCCAUCAUCAACACUCUUAGUGUCAACCAAGAAAAUGUACUCUUCUCCGGUGGCGACAACGGCUCCAUGAGUUUCUGGGACUGGAAGACGGGUCACCGCUUCCAAGCCCUCGACACCACGGCACAGCCGGGGUCCCUGGACGCUGAGGCAGGCAUCAUGAGCUCGACCUUUGAUCGUUCUGGACUGCGUCUGAUCUGUGGAGAGGCUGACAAGACGAUCAAAAUAUGGAAGCAAGAUGAGAAGGCGACCCCUGAAUCGCACCCAAUUAAUUGGCAGCCGACACUUGCGCGACGCAAAUACUAG